UAUGCUGGAACUGACCGUGUUAGUUUCAGGUGGUCUUACUUAGAUCGAAACGACAGACAUUUUUUUUACAUACCAGCCUUUACAUUAAAUCCAUUAUAUCAAAAUGCGUGAGAUCGUACAUCUUCAGGCUGGACAAUGUGGUAACCAGAUCGGUGCCAAGUUCUGGGAGGUAAUCUCCGACGAACACGGCAUUGACCCAACCGGCACAUACCAUGGUGACAGUGACCUCCAACUUGAGAGAAUCAACGUGUACUACAAUGAGGCCACAGGUGGCAAAUACGUGCCCCGUGCAGUCCUGGUGGACCUCGAACCUGGCACCAUGGACAGUGUCCGAUCUGGACCCUUCGGACAGAUCUUCCGCCCAGACAACUUCGUCUUUGGGCAGUCAGGUGCUGGCAACAACUGGGCCAAAGGUCACUACACAGAGGGGGCUGAAUUGGUGGACUCAGUCUUGGACGUCGUCAGAAAGGAGGCUGAAGGAUGCGAUUGUCUUCAGGGAUUCCAACUCACACACUCACUCGGUGGUGGCACUGGGUCAGGCAUGGGAACACUCCUCAUCAGCAAAAUCCGUGAGGAAUACCCAGACAGAAUCAUGAACACAUUCUCCGUUGUCCCAUCCCCCAAAGUAUCAGACACAGUCGUUGAACCCUACAACGCUACCCUCUCAGUCCACCAGCUUGUAGAGAACACAGAUGAGACAUACUGCAUUGACAAUGAAGCCCUGUAUGACAUCUGCUUCCGUACCCUCAAGCUGACCACCCCCACUUACGGUGACCUCAACCACCUCGUCAGCGCCACCAUGUCUGGCGUGACCACCUGCCUCAGAUUCCCCGGCCAGUUGAACGCUGACUUGAGAAAGCUGGCAGUCAACAUGGUGCCCUUCCCCCGUCUCCACUUCUUCAUGCCCGGCUUCGCUCCCCUUACAUCCAGAGGCAGCCAACAGUACAGGGCCCUGACCGUCCCCGAGCUGACCCAGCAGAUGUUCGACGCCAAGAACAUGAUGGCUGCUUGUGACCCACGUCACGGCCGCUACCUCACCGUGGCCGCCAUCUUCAGAGGUCGCAUGUCCAUGAAGGAGGUGGAUGAGCAGAUGUUGAACGUCCAGAACAAGAACUCCUCCUACUUUGUGGAAUGGAUCCCCAACAACGUCAAGACAGCCGUCUGCGACAUCCCACCACGUGGUCUUAAGAUGAGCUCAACCUUCAUCGGAAACAGCACAGCCAUCCAGGAGCUGUUCAAGAGAGUCUCCGAGCAGUUCACAGCCAUGUUCCGUCGCAAGGCUUUCCUCCACUGGUACACUGGUGAGGGCAUGGACGAGAUGGAGUUCACUGAAGCCGAGUCCAACAUGAACGACUUGGUCUCAGAGUACCAGCAAUACCAGGAUGCCACCGCCGAGGAGGAGGGAGAAUUCGAAGAGGAGGAAGGAGAGGAAGAGGCAUAAACUCAUCUGUGGAAAUGAAAGAAAGUAACUAAUGUCUGAAGAUCUUGACACGGUUAUGCUCAAAGACCAAACCUCCUGAAACUAAAUAGAGAAAAUCAAAUGAUUUAUGAAAUCCAUUAAUUGGGCGGAAAGCUUGUGUGUUUAUAGUUAUAUCAAUUAGGCUCAAUACAAUACCACAUAAAAGACCAAUACCCUCCAAAAUCAUAUUUAUUCUUAAACAACAUCCUAAAAGAAAUUGAACUUUUUUUUUUUGGUCCUCAAACUGUACUUAAAAUUUUAUUUUGAUUUUUAUUUUAAAACAUGUUUUAAAUGUUGACAACUCAGAAAUGUAAAUUUGUAUUUGAAAAAAAAAAAUGUACUUGAUAUUUAUUUUGUACUUCAAAUAAUUUCGAUUGUUUGAGCAAUAAAAAUGUUUUAUAUAAAUUUUU